GCGAUGCCGCUGUACGAGGGCCUGGGCAGCGGCGGCGAGAAGACGGCCGUGGUCAUCGACCUGGGCGAGGCCUUCACCAAGUGUGGUUUUGCAGGAGAAACAGGACCAAGAUGUAUUAUUCCCAGUGAAAUAAAGAAAGCUGAUGUCCCGAAGCCUAUCAAAGUUGUUCAAUAUAAUAUUAAUACAGAAGAAUUAUAUUCCUAUCUGAAGGAAUUUAUUCAUAUGCUGUAUUUCAGACAUCUACUGGUGAAUCCAAGAGAUCGUCGUGUUGUGAUYAUAGAGUCUGUGUUAUGCCCUUCCCACUUCAGAGACACGCUCACAAGGGUCCUUUUCAAGCAUUUUGAGGUACCUUCUGUUUUGUUUGCUCCAAGUCAUCUGAUGUCUCUCCUGACACUUGGGAUCAAUUCUGCCAUGGUGCUGGACUGCGGAUAUGCGGAGAGCUUGGUGCUGCCUAUAUAUGAGGGAAUCCCAAUUCUGAGCUGCUGGGGUGCUCUUCCUUUGGGAGGAAAGGCUAUCCACAAGGAGCUGGAAUAUCAGCUGUUGGAGCAAUGCACAGUUGAUACAGGAGUAGCCAAAGGACAGAGCCUUCCAUCUGUGAUGGGCUCAGUUCCAGAAGACAUAGUCGAGGAUAUAAAAGUCCGCACUUGUUUUGUGAGUGAUCUCCAGCGAGGACUGAAAAUCCAGGCAGCCAAGUUCAACAUUGAUGGCAGUGCCGAGCGUCCUUCUCCGCCUCCAGAUGUGGACUAUCCAUUAGAUGGAGAAAAGAUUCUGCAUGUAGUUGGCUCUAUCAGAGACUCAGUUGUUGAAAUACUGUUUGAACAGGAUAAUGAAGAGAAAUCUGUUGCCACUUUAAUCCUCGAUUCACUCRUCCAGUGCCCRAUAGACACCAGGAAGCAGCUGGCGGAGAACUUGGUGGUUAUCGGUGGCACUGCGAUGUUGCCAGGGUUCCUACACAGGCUAAUGGCCGAAAUCAGGUACCUGGUCGAGAAACCAAAAUACAAAGAGGCUCUCGCCACUAAAACCUUCAGGAUUCACACUCCGCCUGCCAAACCCAACUGCGUGGCAUGGCUGGGAGGAGCCAUUUUCGGAGCGCUUCAGGACAUCCUUGGGAGCCGCUCUGUGUCCAAGGAGUAUUACAGCCAGACCGGCCGCAUCCCGGACUGGUGCUGUCUCAAUAAUCCCCCCCUGGAAAUGAUGUUUGACGUUGGAAAAGCGCCCCCGCCGCUCAUGAAGAGGGCCUUUUCCAUGGAGAAAUGAACAUCCAAACACUACACAAAGGAUUUUUCUUUUCUGUAUUAAGAAGUUUGUGUGUAACACUUAACUGUAACCUCUGUGCCUGUUUCUUGGGAGCAUAGUGGUAGGUAAGAACACUCCACUCUAGAGCUGUAUCCAGYAACAGUUUAGAAACUUAACCCUGGCAAAUAACAUGGUAUUUUGUCCUCCUUUGAGGAAAGUACAUGUAGUCAUGAGCUGUUACCUGUUUGUUUGCUAUUUAUCUGUAAAGUAAAUUAGACUGUAGAACAAAUUUGUUUCAAGACACUUUUAUUUUAACUACACUUAGAAGAAUGAAGGACGGUCUGCUGCGGGAAACGCCUGUGAAUGUUUUCCUGCCAAACUCUGCAUAAAAUAUUUCAGCCAUGAAGUCAUUGGGAUCACAUGUGAGAACCUGUAGGAAAUGGUUUGCUUU